GAGCGUCUCUGCUGCUGCCGUGGUCCACGGGCAGCUGAGGGCUAAGCGGCUCCGCGGGUGUGCGGGUGUUUUUAGAUUAGUCUGCUCAUUUCUGCCUUAUUUACAGCGCAUUUUCUUACUUUUUACCCCCGUUUUAAAUCUCCACGGUAGAGUUAGUACAGUCUCCGGGCGAUGACUCAAGCGUGUGUAAACUUGGAGCCGGAAUAGCGACACAUAUGCUGCAGAUAAGCUGCGCCUCGUCUCUCCUAAAAGCAGCCGGCGGCCGGAUACUUUUUUUUUUUUUUUUUUUUACAACUAGACAAACAGAAGAGGAAGGAACAUGUUUGAAGCCUCCGGGCUGCCGCUGGUCCUGCUGGACGUGACCUGUCUCACUCUCGUUGGACUUCCUUUUUUCAUCCUUAACCUUCAACACACCCCCUUCAAACGGGGUUUCUUCUGCAACGAUGAGUCCAUCAGAUACCCCGUCAAAGAGGAGACCAUAUCCCACCAGCUGCUGGGAGGAGUCAUGAUUCCCUUCACGCUCAUUGUCGUUAUCUGUGGUGAGUUCCUCUCCGUGUACUUGUCACGUGUCAAGAACCAGUCUUUGGGGCACAAGUACAUGUCCUGCGUGUACAAAGCUGUGGGGAGCUACUUGUUCGGAGCGGCUGCCAGCCAGUCUCUGACCGACAUAGCCAAGUACUCCAUUGGUCGUCUGCGGCCCAACUUCCUGGCCGUGUGCAAACCAGUGUGGGAGCGCAUCAACUGCAAAGCGGGCGUAUACAUCGAUAACUUCACCUGCACCGGAGACAAGUUCAUGGUAGAUGAGGCCAGACUGUCCUUCUACUCUGGUCAUUCGUCCUUCUCUAUGUACUGCAUGCUCUUCCUUGUACUCUACAUUCAUGCCAGACUGAAGUCGAGAUGGGCGAGGCUUCUGCGUCCCACCAUCCAAUUCUUCCUGAUCACCACCGCCGUGUACGUGGGUCUGUCCCGGGUGUCUGACUACAAACACCACUGGAGUGAUGUGCUCGCCGGCCUCCUGCAGGGAGGUUUAGUGGCCGUUUUCACUGUGGUCUGUGUCUCCAAUUACUUUUCACAACCAGUAGACCCUGUGGUGUCACAGGCAGAAGAGAUCUCACACACCAGUCUACAGGAAAACCCUCCCAACGGGAACCACUAUGGCAGCACGGACUGAACCUCUGGCUUCUGAGAUGAUACUUUGCAGCAUCUCUAUUCCUUAAGUUUGUUGUGGAGGGCCAAAAAAAAACCAAAAGCAAAUGGCAAGUCUUUCAGCCCAUUGGGGUGCAUGUCUUGAACUUGGUUUGCCUGCACAGGAACAAAACUGUAGCCUGCAAGGCGGCAGCUUUCACUGUAAAUGUUUGGUGGGCUUUAAAGUAGAAACAAAGAAGUGCAUUAUAGAAGACAGUGACGCACUAGACCAAGGUACUAAAAAAAGAAAUAAAUCUGUAUAUUUGUGCUAAAUUCCAGCGGUCUAUUAUGGAGUAACAAACACAAUGCAACAAGAAGCAUUUACCUCAGCAAAAAUAACUUUUUUCUGUUGUUUUUUUUACUGUUUGCUCAUGUGAGAAAUGUGAUUAUGAGGGUAUUUUUAUGACGUUGCCAUCAUGAAUGAACUAAUGAAAUUCCUUUAGCCCAGAAUAUAAUGACCGUCUUUGUGCACGCUGCAAGCAGGCUUGUAGAAAAGUUACCUGUGAGAAAGAAAACCCAAACUGUCCUUUAAAAUGGAAAUGGAACUCGGAGAACGUGUAUUUUAUAUUCCUUUUUGCCUUAGAUGUAUGCUGCUGCCUGCCGGUAAAGUCAUCCUGGAUAUAAUUUGUUGUACGAAAAAACACAACAAAUUUAUUUUUUGCUUUGUUUGGGUUUUUUUUAUAUAGUUUUAAGAAUUGCUUAUGUUUUUUGACGAAACAGGGGUUUUAAACAGAAUUGUUCUGUAGUGUCAUUGAUGACAAAAAAGAAGAAAAAUAAAGACUGUUUUUGUUACAUAUUUACAAGCAAAUGAAAAUAUUU